AUGCCGCCCGAAGAUGGGCCACCAUCAUUCACGUUUGAAUGGGACGAGCGGCGAGAUGCGGUGAACAGCGCAUCGUCCAAUACCCAUUCAACAAAUGAUUCUGCGAGAGGUGGAUACUUUGGUACGUUUCAGACUUAUCUAUGGAUGCAACUCGUCAAAUUUUCUAAUGGCACCUUAGGAAUUGCUUCAACAAAGGCAUUCCUCCGCAUCAUCGGCGUGCGAGAGGAUGAGUAUCACCAUCCAGUUCAUCACCAAACUCCGCUCACGAGUUCAUGUGAAAAGAAACUGUCCCUUCUGGGUGAGCAUAUCGAUGCUUAUUUCGCGUGGUGUCACCCUUUAUACCCCAUCAUACAUGAAGCGACCUUUCGAGCUCAGAUGAUGGAGCUGGUAGCUCGGCCGUCUGUGACAAUUUGGAAGAUGCUCCUUUACACCGUUGCCGCUCUCGGGGCAUUUUCCAUAUCCACAGAGAGCGAACGAAGUGAUAUGGCCCUUUUCGACGUUGCCAAGGCACAAUUUUCCCAUGAGAUCAUGGAGAUGGGAAACAUGUCCCUUGUCCAGGCAUUGUUGUUGAUUUCGAUCUACCUGCGAAAGCGAUACAACUUGAAUUCCAGCUAUAAUUACCUGGGCUUGGCUAAUCGGGCUGCAAUGGGAAUCGGGCUCUAUAAGGAGUUCCACUCUUCUACCAGCGAGCCUUUCUUCCGGGAAACGCGGCGGCGCCUGUGGUGGUGCUUAUACAAUCUGAACCUCGAGGUGUCCAUUGCAUACUCCAGACCGCAGGAUUUGCCACAAAGGGAGAUCGAAGCUCAUUACCCUCUUAAUAUACAUGACUUGGAUUUGAACCCGAACACUAGCUCCGUGACAGCUGAAGCGAACAAUUCGACGCUUUACUCGUCUUUGAAGUUUGGAGCAGCAUUCUACUUUGCUAUCAGCAGCAUUUACCCGCGAAUCAUCUCAGGCCCUUAUCCAUAUGCAAAGGAAUUGCUCCUCUUUGACGACUCUACGACCAGCGCCUGGGAAACAUCACUUCCAUCCUUCUUUCGCACAAACGUCCCACAACCCCCCAAUUAUGUCUUCUGCCACGCCAUCCUUCACUGGCGUUGCUUGAACUUUCGAAUACUGAUGUACCGGCCAUUUGUCGUCUGGCUCUUCAUCAUGCGGUAUCGCAAUAAUCCACCCAAAGAACCGAGGGAUCCAGCCUCUGUUAAUACCGCCAUCACUCGCUGCAUGAAAGCCGCAGAAGAGUCAAUCAGCACGAUCUCGGAUUUCUGGAACUCCCAUACUCAAAACGCACUCACGGGUUGGUACGCGCUGGACUUCAUUUUCACCGCCGUCUUGAUACCAGCUAUGUGUCUUCGUUAUGACUCAGGCUCAGCACAGGUACCUUCAUGGAAUUUACAAGUCCGAAAGGCUGUGAGAGUUAUUGAGUCUAUCACUUUGUUCAACAGUUCCGCAUCGCACGGCCUCCGUAUCAUUAAAUCUCUAUACAAGGAUCCUGAUUCUCAGGAGACCGAGCAUGAUACGUUGGUUUCAAACUCGGCAGAGUCUCAGUUGCAAGACUCUAUUCCUCAUCCAACGACAGGAGUUGAAGACUUUUUCCCGUCAACGCCUGACAUAUUGUAUGUUCAUCCCUGUCCAUUCGAUUUUCGUAGAUAA